GGUUUACAACUAUAUAAGCAUGGCACGCUUUCAAGCCGUCUAAAAAGCAUAGGGCAGUUGGUUUGAACACUGCUUCUGGAAUAAAACAGAAAAUACAGCACAUGUUCUGCAGGCUUUAGGAUAAUUAAAAACGAAGUAUUUUUUUUUCCUUUACAAUAUUUAAGUAAUUUUUUUUUGCGAGAUGGGCUGCCGAACGCUGACGGUUUUCAUCAGUGGCCUUUUGGUCUUGGCUGCAUCAGGUGCCUCCAUAUCAACUAUUCCACCAAGCGCCUCCACAACAAUUAUUCGACCAGGCGCCUCGACAUCAACUAUUCCACCAGGCGCCUCCACAGCAACUAUUCCACCAGGCGCCUCCACAACAACUAUCCCAUCAGGUGCCUCCACAACAACUAUUCCACCAGGCGCCUCGACAUCAACUAUUCCACCAGGCGCCUCGACAUCAACUAUUCCACCAGGUGCCUCCACAACAACUAUUCCACCAGGCGCCUCCACAACAACUAUCCCAUCAGGUGCCUCCACAACAACUAUUCCACCAGGUGCCUCGACAUCAACUAUUCCACCAGGCGCCUCGACAUCAACUAUUCCAUCAGGUGCCUCCACAACAACUAUUCCACCAGGCGCCUCCACAUCAACUAUUCCACCAGGCGCCUCCACAACAACUAUUCCACCAGGCGCCUCCACAACAACUAUUCCACCAGGCGCCUCCACAACAACUAUUCCACCAGGCGCCUCCACAACAACUAUUCCACCAGGCGCCUCCACAACAACUAUUCCACCAGGCGCCUCCACAACAACUAUUCCACCAGGCGCCUCCACAACAACUAUUGCACCAGGUGCCUCGACAUCAACUAUUCCACCAGGCGCCUCGACAUCAACUAUUCCACCAGGCGCCUCCACAUCAACUAUUCCACCAGGCGCCUCCACAACAACUAUUCCACCAGGUGCCUCCACAACAACUAUUCCACCAGGUGCCUCCACAACAACUAUUCCACCAGGUGCCUCCACAACAACUAUUCCACCAGGCACCUCCACAACAACUAUUCCACCAGGUGCCUCCACAACAACUAUUCCACCAGGUGCCUCCACAACAACUAUUCCACCAGGCGCCUCCACAACAACUAUUCCACCAGGCGCCUCCACAACAACUAUUCCACCAGGCGCCUCCACAUCAACUAUUCCACCAGGCACCACCACAACAACUAUUCCACCAGGUGCCUCCACAUCAACUAUUCCACCAGGCGCCUCCACAACAACUAUUCCACCAGGUGCCUCCACAACAACUAUUCCACCAGGUGCCUCCACAACAACUAUUCCACCAGGUGCCUCGACAUCAACUAUUCCACCAGGUGCCUCGACAUCAACUAUUCCACCAGGUGCCUCGACAUCAACUAUUCCACCAGGUGCCUCCACAACAACUAUUCCACCAGGCGCCUCCACAACAACUAUUCCACCAGGCGCCUCCACAACAACUAUUCCACCAGGUGCCUCCACAACAACUAUUCCACCAGGCGCCUCCACAACAACUAUUCCACCAGGUGCCUCCACAACAACUAUUCCACCAGGCGCCUCCACAACAACUAUUCCACCAGGCGCCUCCACAACUAUUCCACCAGGUGCCUCCACAACAACUAAACCACCAGUUGAUCCAUGCAAAGUCCAGCCUCCACCAUGCCCUUCAUUGGCCAAGUGCUUUAGCAACAAUGAUUCGUUCCGAUGCGAAUGCCCUAUAGGAUAUUACGACGACAAAACUUCCAAGGCAUGCGUUGUCGCAAAGACAUAUGGUUCGAGUUUACACAUUUCGAAACCAUUCACUGAUCAAAUGAAGGACCCAACUUCACAAGACUUCAAAACAAUUUCCAUACCCAUUUUAAAUAUGCUCAAUUUAACUUUUGGAGAGCGUCAAGAUUAUAAAGGAUCUGCAGUCAUCAAACUAAGGUGAGUGAUCACAUUGUACCAGUCACACUACAAAGACAAAGAUCCCCCGUGCAGCCUUAAACUGUUAGGGGGGGGGGGGGGCAAGUGCUGUUAGCGAGCGGCACCUCUGAAGGCCACUCUGGCACUUUGGCACACGAAGGGCGGUGGGUGGCCAACGCCACGCCCGGCCGCCUUUGUCUCCCCCAGUGGCGA